GUACAUAUUCAGACACCUUGUUCCCUAAAUCCACACCCUUCUAUACGCUUCGUAUAGGGCUAUACGAAGCGUAUAGGGUUGCUUUUCCCGACCAACUUCUGCACCUCGUACAACGUCACAUCAGUCAACUUAUACGGGGAGUCUAGGCCUGUACGAGGGGCCAAUACGAAGGCCCUUAGACGCCUCGUAUAGACCUAUACGAGGCGUCUUGGACUGACCGAUUUGACUAUGAAGGGACUAUGUCUGACAUGACUUAAAGGCAUACGGGGAGUAAAGACCUAUACGAGGCGUCUUUAGCUCCCAUAAAAUGCAACCUACAGUGCGUUCUUGGUCCACAUCCGAGGUUUCAACAAAAAACCACUCACAUUCUGUUUGUUUUUUUAUUUGUGUUUGCGUUAUUAUCAUCCCGGAGUGUUGAAAUGUCAUCAUAUUGGAACGGCAACUAUAUCUUCGGGCAAUAUUCUAGCGAAAACUGGGGGCACGAAAGCGUUCCGUCUGGCAUUCCCGAUUCUAAUGAGCAAGAGGAGGUUGUGUCUAGUAUACAAGGAAAACAAAACAGCCCGUUUCUAGAUUUGAACAAGCAUCCUCCUGUUGAUGAAACAGCCCCUGUAGAUGACUCAUACCCUGCUAGUGGAUACGGAGGAGACGGUGGAUACGGAGGAGACGGUGGAUACGGAGGACACGGUGGAUACGGAGGAGACGGUGGAUACGGAGGAGACGGUGGAUACGGAGGAGACCGUGGAUACGGAGGAGACGGUGGAUACGGAGGAGACGGUGGAUACGGAGGAGACCGUGGAUACGGAGGAGACGGUGGAUACGGAGGAGACGGUGGAUACGGAGGGGACGGUGGAUAUGGUGGAUACGGUGGAUACGGGGGAUACGGUGGAUACGGAGGAGACGGUGAUCAUCAGCAAUUCAUUUCCCCGGGCACUCCUUAUGUUCAUCAAAACAAUUCGGACGUUGGAGGAUAUGGUGGUUAUGGUGGAUAUGGUAGAUAUGGUAGUGAAGCACCUCCCAUUCUGGACAGUCUGUACUUAAAAAAGACGUAUUUAUUAUGGAGGACGAUCUGAUGCCGGGCGAUGACAUUCACAUAGAGCCGGUUCAGCAGGGUCCACGACGGAGACAGCGACCGCCUGUGGAUACGUUGCAGGGGCAUCCCUAUCUAGAGUUUCCCGACGGCACUGACGCCGCCCGUCAUUGCCAGAAGCUUAGGAGGAUGCACGUUGGAUCGCAUGCAUCGAUCGACUGGGAUGCGAUGGAGGAGAUUGCUGAGACGCCGAGAGUGCGUCGGUUUAUACCUAUCGAUUCCCCGUGGCAUCGUCUUUUUGAUUUGGCGCACACGCCGACCUACAGGGAGCUGCUGGUCGAGUUCAUUUCGUCAUUCACAUUUCACCCUCCUGGGGAGCCAGUGCCGAUUCCGUACCCAGGUGCUCCCCCUCCGCCUGAGGUUUCUUUCAGGCUUGCUGGCGUUCAGCGUUCGAUGACGCUAGCAGAGUUUGCGGUGCGCUCUGGUUUAUACAUGCAGGAGGAGAUCGAGACUGAGAUCUACACAGCGGGGCUAGUGGUGGUUGAAAAACCCACUCUUGUUGGGUUUUGGCAGGUGAUUGCGGGGGCGGAUCAUUGGGAGCAUGACAAGUCGAAGGGGAGGGUGUCGUUUGUUAGCGACCCACUAUACAGGUAUCUGCACCAUUUGCUCGCCACUUCUAUAUCAGCGCGCGGCUACAGCCGUGAGUGGUGUACGACCACAGAUCUUUUUUUCCUAUAUUGUUUGUUGUAUAGGAGGCCGUGCGCGCUAGCACACGGUCUAGCCCAGUACUUCGCCUCCGGCCAUCACCGGCAGGAGCGCGGAUUUUUGUAUGGCGGGGCGUACGUGACCGUCAUUGCCCGUUCAUUUGGCCUCGUACCACAUCAGGACCCACAUCUACGGACGCCGGCCAUCAUGCCGACGCGGAUGGGUAUGCCGUCGCUAUGGGGGAUGAGGGUUAUCAAGAGGUUCCCGGUUGGCCCGCGGUUUAAAAACCGCGAGGGGGCGUAUGGAGAGAGGAGGACCUACCAGAGCAUUUCGAGGACGUUCAUCCUCCUGCAGAUCCUGCUGAUAUAGUGCCCGUGGAGGACCCUCCGGAGGAUCUAGACGGUGCAGCGGGGCCACAGCCACCGCCACCUGCCGGGGCACCUCAGUUUCCACGUCACGCUAUUCGAGGUGGUGCCCCAGGAGCUGCACUACAUCCGGAUGUACUAGCCAGGCUUGACAGGCUCGACGAUUUGGUAGGUUGGUUGGUACGGGCGGAGCAGGAUAGACGAGAGAGAGAGGGAUUACCCCCGAUACCGCUUCCACCGGUUCGAGCACCACAUCAGCAGCAGCAGCCGCAGCAGCAGCACCAGCCGCAGCAGCAGCAUCAGGAUUCAGAUUCGGAUUUGGAUGCAUAGACCUGUUGUUGUUUUUAUUGUUAUUGUGGAUGUACAAACUUAUCUUCUAUAUUUUUGUUAUGGAUGUAAACAGUUAUCUUAUAUAUGUCAUAUUUAUGUUUGUUUUCAGUUAUUCGGUUACUCAAUGAUUGUUCUCUUAAAUUUAGAUAAUACGGAAACAAUAUAACCCCUGAAUAUAAUACGGAAACAAUAUUUGAAAGAAAUAAAAUUUUAAUCGAAAGAAUAAUAUUUAAAAAAGUAAAAUGU